AUGAUCGCCAUCACUUCAUUCUCUGCCGCGCAAUCUCCUGACCUCUGUUCGGCCCUCCUAUGCUCUUUAAUUGAUAAGGGGGAAGAGGAGGGGCCUCUCGGAAACGGCGGCUGUCGUACCGUCUGCCCUCGCUCAUUCAGACGAGAUGAGUUGAUUGAAACCUCCCCCGAGUUAGGCGUCCGAACUAACGAAAAGCAUGCCCGACCGAACGCGAUUGCGCAGCCUGGAAGGUACGGAAAGUGGAAGAGAAUAACAAAGGGGAAUACCCUGUACUGCCCCUGCAUUGGGGUAGAAAACAGCUCAUUCCGCGAGAUUGCGGAACCUCGGUCGAUGAUUAGAUGA